GAAGAGUUAAGGCGCAAUUUACAACAUUGGCGCUACAUGCAUGUAUACUAGAAGUUUAUAAAUUGCUUGUUUGCCACCCGAUAUACCAAGUUUGGAUUUCAGAUGAAUAAGAGCUUCACGCUAAAAUACAAACUGGUGUUCGACUAAUUGGUCGAGGAUUUUGUAAACUGGGUUUCGUAGAACUGCAUUUACUGUCGGUUUUACGAUUGGAUGCAGUAAUUCAUCGCAUUGGGGUAACUGUUGUAAGCGUUUUUAUUCCUAAAGUAUUUAAGAUUAUGACCAUUUAUUUCGUGUAACACCAAUAAUUAGAAGAUAGUAUCUGUGUGCCGUAUGAUUAAUCUUUUGGGUCUAGUUAUCGUAACUAUGAAGUCUUCAUUGUAGUAUAUCCUUUUUUUAAGUGACAGUAGAUGCACCUCACAUUGCCUCUCUUCAUUUGUUACUCUGUGAAAGCAUGUAAAUAUAAUUUGAUAGAUGUUGGUAUGAGGGCUUCCUUUUUGCUGAGUACCUUUCAUAACUGAAAUUUUUCUUCGUCCCCUUUCAGAUCUGUUUUCUGCGCCCUUAUGAAGUAGCUGUCCUUCGUUGACAACCAAAUAAAAACAAUAGAAGCGAAUAAACUUCUAUUUUCGGUACAAAAUGAAUCAGAUUGUAUUCGGUCUCUUCUCGAGUCGAUUAUUAUCAUCUAAACAUACUAACAAGUAUUUCCUUAAAGCUCCAGUGUAUCUGUUUGGAACUAAGGAUUAUUGUUUAGUAACACAAUUCAAGCGAUUUGCUGGACACUCUCAUUGGCAGAAUGUGAGACAUAUUAAAGAGGCUGGUGACCGCGAAAAAAGCAAAAAUGCAAUCUACUAUAUUAGGGCUGUGCAGUCAGCAAUUAGAAAUGGUGGUGGUAUCCGUGAUCCGAAGUUAAAUACAAAAUUAGCAGCAGUUUUGGCUGAAGCCAAAUCAAAGGCUGUCCCCUUUUCUACCCUAGAGAAACAACUGAGUGCAGACAAUGUGAUUGAACCGUAUUUAAUUGAACUAAAGGCUCCCGGUGGUUUGUUCGUGCUAGUGGAAAGUCGGGCCAAACAAGUCCAAAGUGAACGUCAGCGUAUUGCCUCACUCAUUAAAAGAUUUGGUUGUUCUGUUGCACCUGCAGGGGAUAUAGCCAACCAAUUUUUCGAUCAUAUAGGCGUAAUCACUGUUUCUGCUAAGUCCAAUGAACGUUUACCAAAUUUGGAUGCCGCAACCAAUUUGGGCAUUGAAAUAGGAGCCAAUGAAGUCGAACUUCGUUUGGAUGGAGAAGAAACAUAUGAGUUUCUUUGUGAGGUGAGUGAAAUAAACAAGCUACGUGAAUCCCUUGAAAAUAUACAUCAGAUACCUGUAUUGGAUUCACAAGAUAUAUACUCACCUAAAGUUGUUGUUCCUGUUUUACAAGAAGUUCGUGAAACAUUAGAUGAAAUGUAUGAAAAGAUUAGGAACCAACAUGAAUACGUAGAAAGAAUAUUUGACAAUACAACUGUUAAAAAAUAGACAAUAAGAAUAGAAAUGGAAACAAGUUUAUUGUUUUUGUUUCGUCAAUUUGUUUCUGUAUCUUACACCUUCAUAUCGAGUGAGUAUUAUGCAGUACCACACUUGUAAAUGUACACUAAACUUAUUUCUAACUCUGUUAUUUUAUUGCUUAAUGUUUAAAUCUCGUGUAGAUUGUGUUUUGUUUAGUUGCUUACAUUUCUGUUCUCUUUGUGGAUUCUAGACAUGUUGGAUAUGUAAAGCCUAAAAGAAAUUGUCUUUUCGAUAAUAUCAAUUUUGGAAUUGUACACUUGUAAUCACUCUUAUAAUUUUCAUUAUGUUCUUUUUUCAAGCCCUUUUCCAAAAAAAUAUAUGCAUACAAGAGAGAAUCAUUUUUGUAUGUACAAUCUUACUAUUCCUACUACUAGUAGUUACGAGAGUAAAGAUUUUGUAAACAGUUUAAUUGUACAAGUAGAUAAAAUGAAUCAAAAUUUGAAAGAUAAUUAUGAUGGAUUGGCAGUAGAAAUCGAAGUAGAUAAGCAAAUGUAAUAUGUAUAUGAACGGGGGGAGGUGAGUUUAUUGAAAUAAAUGAAAUAAGAGGAUUUAA